UUGAACCCCUACUGCCCUUGUUUUUUCAAUUAACGCAACUGUCAAAUUAAUUGCGGUUGUGGACAAGGACCUUCUGUCAGUGAAAGUAACAGACAACUUGAAGUUGCAAAUAUGGGCUCGGCUUCAGUCGCACUCGUUGUAGACAAUGGUUCUGGAAUGGUUAAAGCUGGUUAUGCAGGAGAUGACGCUCCAAAAGUAGUGUUUCCCUCUAUUGUGGGCAGACCAAGACACAAAGCUAUUAUGGUUGGCAUGGGACAGAAGGAUUGUUAUGUGGGAGACGAAGCACAAGCAAAAAGAGGUUUGCUAUCUCUUGUCUAUCCAAUAGAACAUGGUAUUGUAAACAAUUGGGAAGACAUGGAGAGAAUAUGGAGUCAUACUUUCUACAAUGAGCUUAGAGUUGACCCAGAAGACCAUCCAGUCCUAUUAACAGAAGCGCCCUUGAAUCCGAAGAGAAACCGCGAAAAAAUGACACAAAUUAUGUUUGAAACAUUUCACGCACCAGCCAUGUAUGUCGCUAUUCAAGCCGUACUGUCGCUCUAUUCUUCAGGAAGAACAUCAGGACUUGUGCUUGAUUCUGGAGAUGGUGUUACUCAUAUUGUCCCAGUAUAUGAAGGAUAUUCUCUUCCACAUGCUAUUAAAAGGUUGGACUUAGCUGGUCGAAAUCUGACAGAAUAUAUGAUGAACAUACUGACAGAACGUGGAUAUUCCUUUAAGACCAGUGCAGAAAAAGAAAUAGUUCGAGAUAUGAAAGAAAAGUUGUGUUAUGUUGCUUUCGACUUUGAUACAGAGAUGGAACAAGCCGACAAGACACCUUCCAAAGUGGAAAAAGCUUAUGAGUUACCAGAUGGGCAGCAAAUUGUUGUUGGUUCAGAACGAUUUCGCUGUCCAGAAGUUCUCUUUCAGCCUUCUUUGAUAGGAAUGGAUAGUGAAGGUAUUCAUGCAGUAACCUAUGAAAGUAUUAUGGAUUGCGAUGUCGAUAUGAGACGGGAACUUUAUGGAAACAUUGUCUUAUCUGGAGGCACAACGAUGUUUCCUGGAAUGAGUGAAAGGAUUCAAAAGGAACUUCAAACCAUAGCACCAACGAGCAUGAAAGUGAAGAUUUCUGCACCUCCUGAAAGAAAGUAUUCUGUAUGGAUUGGAGGAAGCAUCUUAAGUUCUCUCUCAACCUUUCAGCAGAUGUGGAUCACUCGAGAGGAAUAUGAAGAAACUGGUCCAUCCAUUGUCCAUCGCAAAUGUUUCUAAAAUUCAUGGAGUGAAUACUAAUGGAGCUAUUACGAAUCAUUAGUGGAAGAAAAGCUUCUUACACGACAAACUCUUGGUUUUUUUGUUUUGUGAUAUUAAAGUUGACAAUUUGUUU